UCCUUAUCCCAACUAAUACACAGCAACAAAAAGAAGCCCUUCUUACUCUCUCUUUCUCUCUCUAAAACAAGUAGUGCUGUGAAGAAAUGGCAAAAGAUGUCGAAGUACAAGAAAAUCCAGAAUUUUCUGCCAAGGACUACACUGAUCCGCCUCCGACGCCGUUUUUCGACCUGGAAGAGCUGACCAAAUGGUCUUUUUACAGAGCCCUUAUUGCAGAGUUCAUCGCUACUCUUCUCUUCCUUUAUAUCACAGUUUUGACUGUGAUUGGCUAUAAGAGCCAAACCGACCCUAACUUGAACACCGACCAGUGUGGUGGGGUUGGAAUUCUCGGCAUCGCUUGGGCCUUCGGUGGCAUGAUCUUCAUCCUCGUUUACUGCACUGCCGGUAUUUCUGGUGGACAUAUUAACCCGGCUGUGACCUUUGGAUUGCUCCUGGGGCGCAAGGUGUCGCUAAUCCGGGCAGUGUUAUACAUGGUAGCACAGUGUUUGGGUGCAAUCUGCGGUGUUGGGCUUGUGAAGGGCUUCCAAAAGUCUUACUAUAACAGGUACGGAGGUGGGGCCAACAUGCUCGCUGAUGGGUACAACAAGGGCGUCGGAUUGGGUGCUGAGAUCAUCGGGACCUUUGUUCUUGUCUACACUGUCUUCUCAGCCACUGAUCCUAAGAGAAAUGCCAGAGACUCACAUGUUCCUGUUUUGGCACCAUUGCCCAUUGGGUUCGCUGUGUUCAUGGUCCACCUGGCUACGAUCCCUAUCACUGGCACUGGUAUCAACCCGGCUAGGAGUUUUGGAGCUGCUGUCAUCUACAACAAAGAGAAGGCCUGGGAUGACCAAUGGAUAUUCUGGGUUGGACCAUUUAUUGGAGCUGCCAUUGCUGCGUUCUACCACCAGUUCAUUCUAAGGGCUGCAGCCAUCAAGGCCCUGGGUUCCUUCAGGAGCAACGCUUAAAAUGCUAAGGAUUGAUGGUUUAAGGAAAUUAAUAAAAGGACUACACCAUCUUCCAUGUAUGCUUUUAAGGUUUGGAAAGGUAGAUCAAUCUGCACGGAAUUGUAAAUAAAAAGACUAUUCAUGGACAAGAGGGGUGUCCUUGUUUUUUGGGUGUUUCCCUAUCAGUGUAUUUUAUUAUGUUAUCUCUUCUUUCUUUCUUUCUUUAUUGUGUUUUUAAUUAUAUAAUUUCCUUGGUGUAUAUUUCCUGGUAAAUUAAGUAAAGUUGUAUUAUCUUAUCUUUAA